CUUCCUCUCCCGCUGGUUUGAGAGCCAACCCUUUUGAUAUUGUUUCCUCAAUCUUUCCAUCGAAGGUCAGACUCCCAGAAUCACAUAUGCAAUUUUCAAAACCCUAAUCCUCUGCAACAUCUAAAACCCCAAUUUAUCCCACGCCAUACCAUUUUGUCUCUCACGCUCUCUCUGCUCUAAUUCUUUGCAACUUCUUUGUCCCCCAGUCCUCACGUUUGCCACCUCCUUCUGUCUCUCUCUCUUUCUAUCCUAGUUCUGCAACUCUGCAACAUAUUUUGUGCCAUAAUCUCGUCUCUGCAACAGAUUAUUUUCACACAAUCACAUUAGCUUACCGUUCCCCAAUUUUUUCCAUCCGCCAUGAGUAAGAGGGAUUCUUCUCAGAAGAUGGCCUCUUCCUCAUCAUCUCACCGUAAAUCUCGAUGGGACAAUAGUAAAUCACCAGCUGAUGGUCCUCAAAGUGACCGCAAAAAAGCCCCUGCUCGAGAAGAAGAAGGCCCUUCUCCUAAACCUAAACCCAACCUUAACGCUAACCCCAAUCCACCACCUCCAGUUCCUGAACCCUCGUUCCCCGUUCCUCCUACCAAUGAGCCGAACAUUGGCUAUGGCUUCCACAUGUUAGAGAGGAGGACCAUAGUGUUGGCAGAUGGGAGUGUUCGCUCCUAUUUUGCGCUUCCUCCUGAUCCAAACCCUGAUUUUCCUAACCUUGACCUCCAUCGCUUUCCUCCUGAUCGUGCAACUCUAGGGCUUGAAAGGCGUGGCCCUAUAGAACCCGAGGGUUUUGAUCCAGGUUUUCCAAGAAGAGAGAGUAAUUUGUCCAUGGGCCGUGCUUUCGACUUCCAUGGCCCACUCGAAAACCUUCGAGGUCCACCGGAAAACUUCCGCGGUCCACCAGAAAACCUCCGUGGUCCAGAAAACCUCCGUGGUCCACCAGAAAACCUCCACGGUCCACAUGAAAACUCCAUAAAAAGGAAGUAUGUGGAGGAAGAAGGUCGAGAAUUAGGGUUUUCAAGGGAGGCAGGGCCAUUUCCUGGUCAUCUUCAAAGUGACGAGCUCUCUCGCCAUCGGCACCAGCUCCUGCAAUAUGGAAACCCUAACCCUAUGUUUGAUGGUUUUCAAGCAAGCAGGUUGCCGGAAUCCGGUAGCCCCUUGCCUGAAUCUGGCAGGGUGAGCGAGGACAUGAGGUCCUUAAAACUUCCGAGAUAUGAUGACAAGCGUGUGGGUUCUGCUAAAGCAUCAGCUAAGAACGCACGGCCCUGUGAAGCUGUGGUGCUGAAGCGAUUGCCAGAUGUGAACCAGGAUGCCCUUCAAAAGGCAUUCCUUAGGUUUGUUAAGACGCUUAAUGAGAACCCAUCACAGAAGAAGAAUUAUUUGGAGGAUGGGAAGUCGGGCAGUCUCCAUUGCCUCGUUUGUGGAAGGAAUUCAAAAGAAUUUUCCGAUGUACAUAGCCUUAUCAUGCAUGCCUACCAUAUGCAGAACGUGGAUGUUCGGACGGAUCACCUUGCCUUUCACAAGGCCUUGUGUGUUCUUAUGGGUUGGAACUACGCCAAAGUACCAGAGAAUUCAAAGGCGUACCAGACUUUCUCUACUGAUGAAGCAACUGCAAAUAAGGAGGACCAUAUCAUCUGGCCCCCAAUUGUUAUAAUUCAUAAUACCAAUUAUGGAAGGAGAAAGGACGGUAGAAUAGAGGGUAUGGGUAACAAAGAAAUGGACACCAAACUUAAAGAGCUGGGUUUUGGAGGUGGAAAGUCCAAAUCAAUGUAUGGUAAAGAAGGGCACCUUGGCAUCACAGUGGUGAAGUUUAUGGCCAACCAGGCUGGCUUUAAAGAGGCAGAACGCUUGGCUGAAUUCUUUGAAAGAGAGGGCCAUGGUCGCAGGGGGUGGGCCCAUGUUCAGUCAUUGGCAACCCCUGAAGAAGAUGACGAGAAGAACCCUAACCUUGUGAAAGGGGACGAGAAGACAGGCGAAAAGAAGAGGAUAUUAUAUGGAUAUGUUGGGACUGCUUGGGACUUGGACAAGGUGGAGUUUGACCUAAGGAAGAAGGCUAUCAUCAAGAGCAGGAAGAAUCUUGAUGUGUCUGGGGAUUGAUUAACUGUUUGCCUGGUUCCUCUCGCUCCCCUUUUGUUUGAAACCUGGUUCCUCUCUAUUCUCUUUAAUUAAAACUGAAGAAUCGUUUUGUAUGUUCAGAAAAAAAACUUAGAAUCAUUUUGGGGAUCAACUUGUUGAGUCUUGUUGUGUGCUUAGUUAUUUUUGCUUAUAUGCCAAAUUUAGGCUGAUACCAUUAUUUACUGUC